GAUCCUCUUUCCUCACUCGUCUUACCUCUUCAAUCAUCAACUUUUUCCUCGUGAAGACGGAGACCCACAAACACAGACACUGAUGAAACAAGCAGCUUCAAAGUCAUCCCUGAGGAGGCUUUGUCCGAACAUCGAUAAAGAAGAUGGAUUGGAGACCGUUCUCGAAAUACCUAUACCCGAAGAAAUGUUCGCAAACAUGGGAAACAACGUGACGGUGCGGUGGCAAAACAUGUUAACGUGGAUGAAGGCCCAAACGGAGGACAAAUUGGCAACCCCCACAGUUGCAUCACGCUUGAACGAGCUUCGCUUUCUGCUUUACCUCGUUGGAUCCCCUCUUAUCCCUCUUCAGGUCCAGUUAGGCCAUUCCGUCCAUCGUCCCGUCAGAGAUUGUUCCAUUGAAGCAUCAACAGCAAAGUAUAUAGUGCAACAAUACAUAGCGGCGACGGGAGGACAGCCAGCAUUGAAUGCGGUGGACAGUAUGUGUGUGACUGGACAGGUGAAGAUUACUGCGUCAGAUUUUCACCACACGAAUGAAAGCAUAGAGGUGAAGAAAACCUCAGAAGAGAUGGGAGGGUUUGUUUUGUGGCAAAAGGACCCUGAUUUGUGGUGCUUAGAGAUCAUUUUGUCCGGUUGCAAGGUUUGUUGCGGUAGCAAUGGCAAGGUCUCCUGGCGCCUUUCUUCUAACCAACAAACCCAGGCUGCAAAAGGUGCUCCUAGACCUUUGCGCCGUUUCCUUCAGGGAUUGGAUCCAAGGGCCACGGCUAACUUAUUUUUGGACGCUGCAUGCAUAGGAGAGAAAAUAAUCAAUGAUGAGGAAUGCUUCAUAUUGAAACUGGAAACAAGUCCAGCAAUUCGUGAUGCCCAAAGUGGUCCAAACUUUGAGAUUAUCCACCACACUAUAUGGGGCUAUUUCAGCCAGCGAUCUGGUCUCUUGGUUCAAUUUGAAGACUCUAGAUUACUCACAAUGAGAACCAAAGAUGACAAUGACAUUUUUUGGGAAACAAGUUUAGAAUCAGUAAUUGAGGAUUAUAAGUACGUAGAUGGGAUAAAUGUGUCACACAGUGGUAAGACUCGAGUGACAGUGUCGAGAUAUGGCGAACAAUCAGCUAACCAUAAAAGAGAAUUGGAAGAGAGAUGGAAGAUCGAAGAGGUAGAUUUCAAUAUAUGGGGUUUGAAUGCUGAAAGCUUUUUACCUCCCUCAGGCUUAGGAAAGACAUGAAAUAUGCUUUGCAAUAGAAUAAGAAUAUGUAAUUGGUAGAGUUUAAUAUAUGGGGUUUGGGCGUUGAAAGAUUUUUCUAUCUCCCUCAAACUUAGGAAAUCAUUUGUAAUACCCCUUCCCCUAUCCCCUCAAAAAGAAAUAUUUAUAUUAUGUAAUGACAAGCUUGAUUCAACGGAUGAUUAAUUGGAGUACUAAUUUAAAACCAUGCACAUCGAAAGCUUUUGGGAUUCUUGUAAA